CUAGCUCGGUCUCAUUCAAGAUGGCCGCCUAGAGCUGUGAAGUAACGCGGGUUGUUGGAUGUCAACAUGUCGCUCCUCAGAGUGUGUGCCUUUGCGAAAUGCGUGAGUCGCCGCACUUUGUUUGACAAGUGCGCCGUUCGCGUGUCUCCGGCGGACCGCUGUCCGCUGUGUGUGUCCACCAGAGACGGCGGGGUCAGACGAAUAUCCGAGACACCACUGCGGCUUCAGAGAAGAAAAGUUUCAUUUAUGAUCCCAAAGAGAGACGAUGCUAAGAAACGUGUCGUGGAGCAGUCUCAGUUGUUAGACGUGCUUAAAGCCAGAAUCCAGCAACUCCAGCCUGACGUCGUUUUAGACGUCCAUCAUGCAAACGUGCAAUUUGUCAAAGCCCCUUCCUCCGGAAGAGGGGUUUCGUCCGGUAAGGGCCCCAAAGUCGCGCCCAAGGAGAAAACUGACAUUCCUAAAUCCGGCAAGACACUUAAAGCAGCGUCUAAGUCCAAGACCAGCCGCUGGAUGGAGAAAUUAACUCGGGAGAAGAAAAACAAACUCACAAAAGAGGAGCGCCUCCCUCAGAAAAUACAAAAGAAUGUAAAGGAGAAACCGUCGGGCAAAUCUAAAGGAAGCAAAAGCGGCUCGGCCCUGCCCGGGACUUCUCACAAAGUAAUAUCCAGCGCCGCGCCGUUGGUUAAGGGCAGAGCUCGCACGAAAUUGUCCGACGAGAUACGGGCCGCGGUUUCUUCAACAGAGGUGGGGACCACCGCCGCCGCCGCCACGGUGCAUAAGGGUCCCAAAGGGAAACAGAAGGCCUCCAAAAAGCAGGGACCCGUCAAAGAGGGCAAGAGGCAGACCGAAGCCAAGGAGCCGGCCGAGGAGAUGGAGAAGAGCCUCGAUCAGCAGGGGAGCCGGUGGACGCUGUCGAGCAACCCGCAGCGGCCGGAGGAGGAGGAGGAGGACGUCGAGGUGGCGGCGGCAGCGUGCGGCGACGUCCAGCUGAGCAUCCGCUCUUACCUGGAGGCCUGCGUGUUCGCCGGGGACGUGGAGCGGGCGCACAGCUUCCUCCUGAGCCAGCACCGGGUGAGGAGUCGACGUAAGCUGCUCAACACGGACUUCUACAACAUCAUGAUGAGGGUGUGGGCCAAGAAGGGAACGUUGAAUCAGAUCGGCCGCAUAUUUAUUCUGUUAGAAGAGGCAGGUCUGAAGCCAAAUCUGGGGUCCUACUGUACCGCCCUGGAGUGUAUGGGCCGUAAUCCCGGCUGCCAGCCAAAGCUCAUCACAAGGUGCCUGCGCCAGAUGGAGGAGGACGGCCUGUCCGCGGACGACCUGUUCAGCCAGUGUGUGUUUCGGCAGGACGAGCGGGACAUGGUGCUGAAGGCCGUGCACCUCGUCCAGCCCGACUACAAGCCCCGCCUCCACGCCAGAGCCGCGCAGUGCCCGUCGCUGGUGCAGGAGUUCUACACGCAGAGGGCAGACCACCAGUACCCCAAACUGGACUUCACCCAGGAGGAGCUUCAGGAGCGUUUCAGACAGCAGCUCCGCCUGGAAGAAGACUGCACCGUCACCAUCGACUCUGUGGAGGCUGCCAAGCCCGUGACCGAUCACAUGGCUAAAAUGAGGAAGCUGCUGGCGGAUCACCGGGCACAGUGGCAGAAGAUCCUCCUGCAGGCCCUGAGGGAGAGUAAGAUGAUCCUGGCUAACACCAACACCAAGGACUACAGGCUCAACCUUUAUCCCUACCUCUGUGUGCUGGAGGAUCGCGAGUACGUCGACAUCAUGAUCCAGAGCGUUGCCAGUCUGCCUCCCAGCGGGGAGUCGCUGAAGAUCUUGGGCAGGGAUCUGGGCCACCGCGUCUACACCAAGUACUGUGUGCAGCAGAAGCAACAGAACCAGGUGGUGGAAAAGUUGCGGAAUAUCUACAACGCGUACACGGACCUGCUGGCCAAAGACACGAAGGAGUGCAUCGUCCUGCCCAGCGAGUAUUGGGGCCGGCUGGAGAGGGAGCAGAGCUCGGGACCCUCGCUGCAGGGAGGAGAGACCCACUGGCCCUACAUCGUCUCCGUGGAGCUGGGCAUCUACAUGGUGGAUAUGAUGGUGAAGAACCUGAAGAUGAACAGCGACGUGCUGAACCCGGCCUUCGAGAGGAAGCUCAUCCCCAUCCUCUACCACAUGUACACCUUCCGUAACACGCGGCAGGUGGGAUUCAUCAAACCCCACCCCAUCCUGAUUCAGAUGCAGCAGGACGCCAUGGAGAGCAAGUUGACCUUUGACUCCUACGUGAUGCCGAUGCUCUGCCCCCCCGUGCCCUGGACGUCUGUCAAGUUUGGGGCCUACCUGCUGACGCCGAGCAAGCUGAUGCGCACGGUGGAAGGGGCCACGCAGCACGAGGUGCUGCUGGAGAAAUGCCAGAACCUUCUCCCCGUCCUGGACUCCCUCAACCAGCUGGGCAACUGUGCCUGGAGUAUCAACAAACCCUUGUUGGACAUUAUCAUCUCCAUCUUCAACGAUCGGGGCAGCGACAAGCUGGACAUCCCUCCCCCUCUGUCGGAGGCCCCCAAAAUCCCCCACUUCAACGCCCAGGAUCCGGCUUACACCUCCGCCGAGAAGGCUCACAUGAAGAGGGACGUUAUCAACGCCAAGAAGAAAUGCAGCGAGAUGCACAGCCUGCGCAUGGACGCUCUCUACAAGCUCUCCAUCGCCAACCACAUGCGGGACGAGAUCUUCUGGUUCCCUCACAACAUGGACUUCCGGGGGCGCACCUACCCCUGCCCGCCGUACUUCAACCACCUCGGAAGCGACGUCACGCGGGCCCUCCUUCUGUUUGCGGAGGGGAAGCCCCUCGGCCCGAAGGGGCUGGACUGGCUGAAGAUCCACUUGGUCAAUCUGACGGGGCUGAAGAAGAGGAGCUCGCUGGAGGGCCGGCUGGAGUACGCCAACUCCAUCAUGGAGGACGUGUUGGACUCGGCGGACAACCCGCUCAACGGGAACAAGUGGUGGAUGAAUGCAGACGAGCCGUGGCAGGCUCUGGGCUGCUGCAUGGAGAUAGCCAACGCCGUGAGAUCCCCCGACCCCACCAACUUCAUCUCCAAUUUUCCUGUUCAUCAGGACGGCUCCUGUAACGGCCUCCAGCACUACGCCGCUUUGGGCAGAGACGUUAUCGGGGCCACGUCGGUCAACCUGAUGCCCUGCGAGAUGCCACAGGACGUGUACAGCGGCGUAGCACAGCAGGUGGAGGAGUUCCGGGUGCGGGACGCACAGAGCGGCAUGAAGAUCGCUCAGGUCCUGGAGGGCUUCAUCAGCAGGAAGGUGGUGAAGCAGACCGUGAUGACCGUCGUGUACGGCGUCACGCGCUACGGGGGGCGCCUCCAGAUCGAGAAGCGGCUGAAGGAGAUCGAAGACUUCCCAAAGGAGCACGUAUGGGAUGCGUCUCAUUACCUGGUGCGCAUGGUGUUCAGCGGCUUGAAGGAGAUGUUUACGGGGACCAGAGAGAUCCAGGUACGUUCAAUGCACCUCAUCACAUACAUGUUCUCAUCAAACAAACCACCUCAUAGCAUACAUCUAAUUGUUCCUCUCGUCUUGCCCCUCCAGCUGAAGAGCACCAUCCAACUCAUCAACCUCCAGAUCAGCCACGACGCCAAAGAGAGGCCGGACACGGUCAAACAGAAGAACGCCUUCCCGCCAAACUUCAUUCACUCUCUGGACUCCACACACAUGAUGCUGACCGCGCUCCACUGCUACAGCGCCGGGCUGACGUUCGUCUCAGUGCACGACUGCUUCUGGACGCACGCGCUCACCGUGGACACCAUGAACAAGAUCUGCCGGGAGCAGUUUGUCGCCCUGCAUAGCCAGCCGAUCCUUCGAGAGCUCUCCGACUUCCUGCUGCAGAAAUACUGCACCGGGCUCCCGGCUGAGGCCAAGAACAAGAAGUACCAGGAGUACCGCAGGCUGAUGCUCCUCUUGGCCAAAGUGCCCCAGACAGGUGACUUCGACCUCCAGCGGGUGAAGGAAUCCACUUACUUCUUCAGCUGAGAGCCUCGCGAGGUCCGAGCCGGCGGAGGGAAAUGAGCGGAAUUGACACAGAGCAGCGGGGGGGAAGGACGCGGGUGGCUUUCUCCCCCCGCCCCCAUGACAUCGGGACAUUGAUCCGGCCGCGCCCCGCCCUGCCUCCCGGCCCGGGGGGCCGCGGCUGGAGCAACGCACUGUGAACUCGCCUGAUUAGCGCACUAGUGUGCUGAUGGGAGGCAGGAUGAGAUGCUCAUCCAGGCGGAGUGAUGAGCGAAUCAGCACCGGAUGGGAAUGUUAAGACCCUCAAUCAGUGGAAAGCAGCUCUUAUAAUGGCCGCUUAGGCGAUAUUCAGGGAUACUUGUGUGUGUUUGUGUCUGUAGAUGAUCCAUACGGACUUCAUCACUCAGCACUUCUGCUGCUCAAUAACCCUUUCACCUGCAAGCUGUACUUGUAAGUGAUUGGUGGUGUGUGUGUGUGUGUGUGUGUGUUUCAUGCUGUGAGGACCGCCGCAGAGCACCGACUCGCAUCGGCGACCGCAUCGCUCGCCGGAUGACGGGAUGCUCUCUGACACGAUAUUUGGACAUGGUUCCGGACUCGACGCCGGUGGACACGGGACUCUCAGAGAAAAGGUCAAGUCGGGGAGAUCUUUGACCGCGUCCCGUCCUCAGACUUACGAAGCGCCUGACCGUCGCCCUCAAAUAAAAAGUAUCUCCUUGAUUGAUUCA